GCCGUCCGCACAGCGAGAACUCGCAGCGAGCUACUCACGUAACGCGAGCGCACGUCGCAAACGUCGCAGAAGUCGAACGCGUGUUAUCAAACUCAUUUCGACGUGUUUCUCUAGCGCUGUCAACGAAGUUAAAAUUCGCGCUGUGUGCUCUGAACAAAAAGGAUUUGGACACUUUUUCUAUAGCUGACGAUAUUUAGUGCGCGCAUCAAGUGUAUGUAUACUUAGUGAUGAGCGUGAUAUGCGCUCGCCGAGCAUCGAAAACAUCAGCGAUCACAGCCGCAAGUCGCGCGUCCGCGCUAUCGUCUGAACUUUGCCGUCUUAUCACCGUCGAACCGAACUGACGUCGACGACAGCAGAGCGAGUGGACUCUGCCGACUGCCAGGAACCGCAUGUGUGCAACGCGAGACGGAUACGAUGACUUUUGAACUGCAACAACUUUUGAAUUGAAACUUUGCGCAAAAGUGAAACUUAUUAUUGGAUGUGAAUUCGUACACGCCGCCGCCCCCGGUGAUAUUUGGUGCUAAUUUGCGCGUGCUGUGUGCGAACAGUGACUCAAGCGUGGUAUCCAUGGAUAGCGGAUACGAAGAGUGGUCGGUGCAGAAGAUGAACAUGUCGAUCAUGGAACCGCUCGCGGAAUUGGACGGCGGUUUCGAGCCGCAAGCGCGCGCGCGUUCGAACACGUGGCCACAGCCGCGACCCGAGAAUUACGUGGAGCCGGACGGCGAGGCGGGCAACAAGUGCGCCGGCGGGUUGCCGAUUGCGGGCCCGUGCGGCGCGCCCACGUCGGCGGCCGCCGCUGCCGCCGCUAAGAAGAACUCGAGUCGUCGGAACGCAUGGGGCAAUCUGAGCUAUGCGGACCUCAUCACACAGGCGAUCACUUCCUCGCCAGACAAGCGGCUCACCCUCUCGCAGAUCUAUGAGUGGAUGGUGCAGAAUGUUCCUUACUUCAAGGAUAAGGGUGAUAGUAACAGCUCAGCUGGAUGGAAGAAUUCCAUCAGGCAUAAUCUCAGCCUGCACAAUCGUUUCAUGCGCGUGCAGAACGAGGGCACUGGCAAAUCCUCCUGGUGGAUGAUCAAUCCAGACGCGAAACCAGGCAAAUCCGUGCGGCGGCGAGCCGCUUCUAUGGAGGCUGGUAAAUUCGAGAAGAGACGCGGGAGAGUCAAGAAGAAGGUGGAGGCUCUUAGAAAUGGAAUGGCAGAUGCCACUCCGAGUCCCAGUUCCUCGGUAUCCGAAGGAUUGGAUCUCUUCCCUGAUUCACCUAUUCACAGUGUUGGAUUCCAACUGAGUCACUUUAGACCGCGCGCAUCGUCGACCGCAUCGUCGGUAGGACGUUUAUCGCCGAUCCCAGCUUUGGGUAUGGAACCCGAUUGGAGCGCAUCGCAAUUUCAGAAUUCCAGCUACAGCUCUGAGCUCAGUGGUGGGAACUAUUCUCCCGACCAGCUUGCCGGCAACUUCGAGCAGGGCAUGAAAUUGCAUCCGGCGGAAACCGGCUACAUGGGAUUCAUGAACGGCCAGACACCACAACAACCUCCGCCGCCGUAUUCGGCUCCGUACGAUUCGUACAGUCACGCGGACAUGAAUAGCAUACACCAGAACACACCUUAUGGGAUAACUCCGCAGUGCCCCGUCCAUCGCAUCCAGAACUGCGCAUGUGGCUUGACAAACCAAUGUAAAGUUGAGCAAAUGUCUCCGACUGGUAUGUCCCCAUCGUACCCUCAGUCGGAACCAUCUCCGGACCCUCUUGGAGGUCAAUACAUGAUGGGUAGGACGGCAAUGCCACGACCACCUUCAAGCAGUCCACCACUUACACCGCAGCCGGUCAGCGGUAUGCCAUCAACAAUGAUGGGCCAACUGAUGGGCGCGCUCAACAACCAGCAACUACUGGACGAUCUGAACAUCAAUAUUGAGUCCCUGCCUGGCGGCUUCGAAUGCAACGUUGACGAGGUCAUCAAGCACGAGUUGCGCAUGGAGGGUACGCUCGACUUCAACUUCAGCAACGCCAACCAUCAAAACAUGCCGCUGCAACAGGAGGUGAACAACGCUCCGCCUGCGGGGGCACCACCGGCGUACUCCACCACGGUGACGACACCCUCCUGGGUGCACUAACAUUAGGACCACUGGAGGAUCUAAGAUUGGUUCCUCAACAAAUGGCCAUUUUGAAAUAGCAACACGUCUAUCGGGUAUUUAUUUACACACAUACACAGCGUGUUCUUCUAAUUGUCGUCAUGAUCAGUCAGUGAAUCCUGCAGGAAAAAUGUGCGGACUUUUGUGAAAUUUAAGCAAAUUGCAAAGUUUUGAUAUGUUUACAAAUGCGUGCCAGUCUCACUGCACACGGAAUACCAGAAUCCAGCAUGCGUAUGCGCAAACAUGAAAAACAUUGCACACUAUAACAAUAUAGUAAAGAUAGAUUAAAACAAUGAUCUCGUGUUUAAAAAGUUGAAGUAAAAUAUGUAAAAGAGAAGAUACUAUAACUACAAACUAAAAAAACUACGCUCAUUAAUUAAUUGUUUGUACAGAUAUAUUAAAACUAUCUACAAUUAUACUGCUACGUCCCACGUAAACUAAUUAACCUAUAGAGUGUCAAUUUUACGGAUGUUUGCCAUCCGGCUUUUAUUACCAAUACGUUUCGAUUGGAAGGAAAAACUAAAUCAGAAAACAGAAGUUGAACACAAUAUUCACAUAUUGCUUUGUAUGUGCUGUGAUGUUUUCAAAUCGAUGUUUAUGAAUGAAUUUGCGUUCAAACGGUUGCAAAGUCUGCGAAAAUGUAUCCUAAAAGAAAUUUGGAUUUUUUUUUUCUAUGUGGUUUUGCAUUCUUAAGUUUGAACGAUGACGAUGAGAUUACGUGUAACGUAUAUUGAAAUUAAUUUUAAAUUUUUUAAGAGUAGAUAAUGAAACAAUUCUAUUGUUGUGAAGUCGACGACUGUACAUAAACUAUAAAUAAUUGUAAAUUUACGUUCAGCAGGAGAUACGGUGCCAUUUAUUUAAUAAAUUUCUCAAUUCACGAUUUUGGAACCAUUAAUGAAAACAAAAGCUCAAAACGUGUCAAUUUAUUAAAGUUACUCAAAUUUACCGAAUAGGAAGUCAAUUUAAAAUUUAGUUUGACCUGAAACAAAACAAUUAUGAACCGACAAGAAUGAAAGUAAGUUUAAACUUGCAAAGAUUUAUUGAAAAUUUAUUGUAAAUAGACAAAUAGAAGUAAUAUUUAUGCGUAAUGCGAAACAUGGUAAGGAGAGGGUUUUAGUCAUGAAUUUCGGGUGCUUCGACCAUAUUUUGUUAAUUUUCAAUUAUAAUUUAGUUAAUAAACGUGCUGCGAAAGCGAUAAGUUCAUUUUUCUAUAGUUGCAUACAUAAUUUAAAACAUAUUUAUAAAUUCACUUAAUUUUUCUUUGAAUAAGUAACUUGUAAAAAUUGUUGUACCAUAUUAAGAUUUAAAUUAGUUUAAGUUUUUACUUGUAUGAAAAUACAAUACGUAGAAUUUAGUUCUUAAUUCGUCAUAACUUCAUUUUGCCUAAGAAUGUUUUUGUUUUUUUAUUAAUUUCGUUUUUUAGUUGAUACAAAUUUUCGUUUAUUUCAUUUUAUAUGAUUAUGUUGAAGAAAACAAACAUUCUUGUCAUUACGGUACUGGUCAUCAAGUUAUUUCACGUCUAUUGCACGACAGAUGGCGCAACCAGCGUCAUUUGGUAUGUGGACCGCCUAGUUGUAUUUGUAAAAAUAAUAGAACAUUAUAAACAUUAUUACGACGAUGUAGCUGAGCAAACAAUGGAUACGUACCUAAAACCGCAUGUGAUUUACGACCUUUGACUUCUGAAUUGUUUACAUGUUUCUUUGUAAGUCAAAACUGCAACAUACGCACAUGCAACUCAGUACAUACCCACACACUCACACACAAAACACACAUGCGCAAGAAAUUAACUGUACACUAUAACUUUAAAUGUAAAUUAUAUAUUAUAUAUGAUGCUGGAAAAUUUUAGGAUGAAUGUACACCUGUAAAGAAAUAAACAUGUUGAAUUAUUAAUUAAGCCAAUUGGCAAUUGAUUGCGAUUACCUCUGCGUGCACGGGGGCGGCGAAACGUCUCUUCCCGAUUUUUAUUUAUGUUGUUUUUAUAUUUUUAAUAAUGUUGUCGACAAUCGAUGGCGAUUGUAAUUACGCGUAUGAUUAAGUAAUUAAGCUAGCGACUUCUUUGUGCAGAGCUGAUCGAUUGGUUUUCAUUUUUGUUACCUGGUCGAUUAAAAAAACGACGGGUAAAACGACGUAAUGCACAUUAACGAUAUGUAUAGAAUGUAUAGCUCUAUUAAUUAAUAUUGUAAUUAUGUAAUUGAUGAUUUUUUUGUUAAUGAUUGAAAUAAUGAACCAUUGUCUAUUUA